AUAAGUAGGCGGCUCGGUGCAAAGGGAUGAGUGAGACGCAGCUCGGCCUCUCCCCAGAACAUUCUCACCCGCUCGGGUUCAGACUCUGAAAGGGAGCCAGGAGCGAAGCUCAACAUCCCCGAGCGGUCUGGAUUCCCGGGGCUGCUGAGCGCUCCCGCGUGUCGGGCGCUCGGAAUCCCGGCAGCCAGAGGCGCGUCAAGACCCCAGGUCGCUAGCGGUGCCGGUGAGCUCCAGCUUCUCUGGUUUCUCCAGUCCCGCGCAGCGAGCCUCAGAGACGCACUCAGUCCAGGGACCGCGGUGGAACAAGAUUGAUAUUGGGACUCACUGCAGCUACCAGCUACAGAAAUGGGCAGCAAAACCUUGCCAGCACCAGUGCCCAUCCACCCGUCCCUGCAGCUCACCAAUUACUCUUUCCUUCAGGCAGUGAAUGGCCUGCCCACAGUACCCUCGGACCACUUGCCCAACCUGUACGGUUUCAGUGCCCUACAUGCUGUGCAUCUGCACCAAUGGACGCUGGGCUACCCAGCUAUGCACCUACCCCGCUCCUCUUUCUCUAAAGUACCGGGUGCGAUGUCCAGCCUUAUGGACGCCCGCUUCCAGCUGCCUGCUUUUCCUUGGUUUCCUCACGUAAUCCAGCCCAAGCCAGAGAUCACCGCUGGAGGGAGCGGUCCAUCACUCAAGACCAAGCCCCGCUUUGAUUUUGCUAACCUGGCCCUGGCUGCCACACAAGAAGAUCCUUCCAAGCUCGGCCGGGGGGAGGGCCCUGGCUCCCCCGCUGGUGGGCUGGGCGCCCUCCUGGACGUGACCAAGCUGUCUCCAGAAAAAAAGCCCACGAGGGGACGACUUCCUUCCAAGACCAAGAAGGAGUUCGUCUGCAAGUUUUGUGGCCGCCACUUCACCAAGUCCUAUAACCUACUUAUCCAUGAGCGGACGCACACAGACGAGCGGCCUUACACCUGUGACAUCUGCCACAAAGCCUUCCGGAGGCAAGACCACCUACGGGACCACAGAUAUAUUCACUCCAAAGAGAAGCCUUUCAAGUGUCAAGAGUGCGGAAAAGGAUUCUGCCAGUCCCGGACUCUCGCUGUCCACAAGACUCUACACUCACAGGUGAAGGAGCUCAAAACCUCCAAGAUUAAGUGCUAAAUAAACAGAGCCUGUGGGACACCAGGACCCAGGAACACGCUGCCCCCCUCUUCCAGAGGGACCCGAAGCUGAAGGCGACUCUGCAGGCAGCGGGAGGGGCUCUCGGGAUCUCCCCCACCCCAACAAUGUCCCCUGGGUCCCCAGCGCUUGCGGCGCUCCAGAGCUUCGCCCCGGGCCGUGACUUCUCCAGCUUGGGCGGCUCCCCCAGGACGCGGCUAAACUCUUGGCCAAAAGGCGGUACUCACUCACGUGGCGGAAGGAAAA